AAUAAAGGCGUGCGCAAGAGAGUUUGGGGGAAGAAAGAAGGUAUUUGGAAAGAUAGUUGAGUUGAGAGUGAGAGUUAGAAUGGGUGAGAAAAGCAAGAUUUUGAUAAUCGGAGGCACCGGUUACAUCGGGAAACACAUAGUGGAAGCAAGCGCAAAGGCUGGCCAUCCCACUUUUGCUUUGGUCAGGGAAUCCACCAUCUCCAACCCCGCCAAGGCUCAACUCAUCGACAAAUUUAAGGCUUUGGGUGUUAAUUUGGUCCAUGGAGAUCUUUACGAUCAUGAGAAUUUGGUGAAAGCCAUAAAGCAAGUGGAUGUGGUCAUAUCCACGGUUGGUCACUUGCAACUUGCCGAUCAGGUCAAGAUCAUCGCUGCCAUCAAGGAGGCCGGUAAUGUUAAGAGAUUUUUCCCUUCUGAAUUCGGAAACGACGUGGAUCGUGUCCAUGCUGUGGAGCCAGCAAAAUCUGCAUUCGCCACCAAAGCCCAAAUUCGACGUGCCAUUGAAGCCGAAGGCAUAGCCCACACCUACGUUGCCAGCAACUACUUCGCUGGCUAUUUUCUACCCACAUUAGCACAACCAGGAGCCUUCGCUCCACCUCCACCCAGAGACAAACUCAUUAUUUUCGGUGAUGGAAAUCCUAAAGCAAUUUUCAACCACGAAGAUGACAUUGGGACCUACACCAUCAGAGCUGUGGAUGACCCUAGGACAUUGAACAAGAUUCUCUACCUUAGGCCCCCAAAGAACAUUUACUCAUUCAACGAGCUUGCGGCCUUGUGGGAGAAGAAGAUUGGCAAGACCGUUGAAAAAGUUUAUGUACCAGAGGAGAAAAUUCUCAAGGACAUUCAAGAGUCACCUGUUCCAAUCAAUGUGAUACUAUCAAUCAACCAUUCGGUGUUCGUGAAGGGUGACCAUACCAACUUUGAGAUUGAGCCUUCUUUUGGGGUUGAGGCUUCUGAGUUGUACCCCGAUGUCAAGUACACCACCGUGGAAGAGUACCUUGAUCAGUUCGUUUGAAUUAAGAAGAGGAAGAUCGAUACUUUUGUGAUCAAAUAAUUAAAUAAUCUGAGUUGUGGAUUUGGAGUUUAACGUGGAAACUACCUUUCUUCUGGCGGUCUGGCUUAUUUGCUUUGUAAACUUGUGAAUGUUUUAGUACUACUAAUGUAAUAUAGCCCCGAAUCUUAAAGAGGGAGAGUGGAAGACUGUUUUAUGUCAAAAGUUUGUGUUAUCAUGCCUUUCAUGCUGUAGAAUGUUCCUACUUUAAUAGUUCCAAAAUAAUAAAUAUGUUAUGAGUUGCUGUUAAUAA